UCAAAAAUUAAAAAUUGUCGAAACAUCGUCCCGCUCGUGAAUAAACAAAUUACGACAACAAUUCGACUUCAGUGACCUACAGUUAAUCAUUUAAUAGUCAGAAACAUAUCUUUUGCAACUAUCUGUGAUUACAAAAGCGUGUUAGACCACAGCCGGUGAUUUUUUGUGAUGUUUUGAAGGAGCGUAAUAUCGUGCGUACCGCUUAAUAAUGGCAUCAGGGUCGAAAAAUGAGAUUGUGAAUAGGAUGUUGAUGACUUUGCGGCUAGAUGAUGGAGGCGGGGACGAUAUGCCGCCGCAGAACAUGCUGCCUUCGAAUCAGCACGCGCGGCAGAGCGCUCACAACGACGAAGACAGUGGCCCGCAUAGCGAACCUUCCGCAUCGGCCUCCGCUAUAGAAAACCUCCAACCCACCAACAAUACUGGAGGCAGACUUCACAACUGGCAGGCCACUAAAACGACAGUUAAAGAACGUCUGUCUUUCCUAUUCAACAACGAAAUAUUAUGCGAUGUUCAUUUCAUAGUGGGCAAAGAUGCGAACCAACAAGUGAUACCAGCGCACAAAUUCGUGCUGUCUGUUGGUAGCGCGGUGUUUGACGCGAUGUUCAAUGGUGUACUUGCCACCAAGUCGGAUGAGGUAGAGUUGCCCGACGUUGAGCCUGCGGCCUUCUUACAUUUACUAAAGUUCCUAUAUUCAGAUGAGGUGAGGAUUGGCCCUGAGAGUGUGAUGACGACGCUGUAUACGGCCAAGAAGUAUGCUGUGGCCGCUCUUGAGGAGCAUUGUGUAGAUUUUCUUAAGAGUAAUUUGGGUACGGACAAUGCAUUCCUGCUUUUAACGCAGGCUAGGCUAUUUGACGAGCCGCAACUAGCCGCAUUGUGCCUGGAGAUGAUUGAUAAGAACACUGCAGACGCUCUCAACGCUGAGGGGUUCACUGACAUUGAUCAGGACACGUUGAAUGCAGUUUUGGAGAGAGACACACUUCGGAUCCGCGAAGCGAAAAUCUUCUCGGCAGUUCUUCGCUGGUCUGAAGCAGAGUGCAUCCGCCGCCAGCUGCCUGUCACCCCCACCAACCAGCGCAUGGUCCUCGGAAGAGCCUUUAACGCCAUCCGGUUCCCCUUAAUGUCCGUAGAAGAAUUCGCAAUGGGACCCGCACAGAGCGGUUUACUCGAUGACAGAGAAAUCGUACAAUUGUUCCUAUAUUUUACUGUUAACCCGAAACCAAAUGUCGGUUUUUUAGACACACCGAGAUGUUGCAUGACCGGGAAGGAACUGACAGUUAAUCGGUUUCCUCAAACGGAGUCCCGGUGGGGGUACAGUGGCACAACAGAUAGGAUAAGGUUUACGGUGGACCAGAGAAUUUUCGUUGUUGGUUUUGGACUGUAUGGAUCGUAUUUUGGACCGUCUGAGUAUGAAGUACAUUUACAGAUAAUCCACUUGGCGACGAAGAAAGUGUGCGGGUCGAACACCACGACGUUCUGUUGCGACGGAACGGACGACACCUUCCGCGCGAUGUUCAAGGAGCCCGUCGAAAUACUGCCCAACACCUCAUACAUUGCUAGCGCUAAACUUAAGGGUACGGAUUCAUACUACGGCACUAAAGGUCUUCGACGAGUGACCGUCGAGUGUAAUACGGGAGAAAAAGUAGUGUUCCAAUUCUCGUACGCUGCGGGGAACAAUAACGGGACGUCGGUAGAAGAUGGACAGAUACCAGCGAUCAUUUUCUACAUAUAGAACUCCCCACAAAUACCUAUGUUAUGCUUCAUGGCUUAUUUACACUAAGGCAUUGGCUGCCGCAGCCAAGACGACAUAAAAAACAAAAUGGCUGCCGAUAUCUGACAGCCGCAGCCAAAAAAUGCGAGGCUACUCUAAAGCCACAUUGAAACAAUUCACCUAAAAACCAAUAAGUAUUGACAACGUAUUAACUAAUUUGACGGCUCUAUUGCUAUUUGACAUUUGUUCACACUUACUUUUCGCAAAUGUCAAAUUGCAAUAUUGCUUUUUUAGAUGAAUUGCUUUAAUGUCGCCUAUUUAGACCCUCUGGUCAGAAAUGUCACAAAAGAAAAAAAAGAUCAAGGGAUGAACGUGGUUUAAAGAGAUUUUCAAACAUUACCUAUUAAACUCUGCAAGCUGCGGUAGUUAUGUGUUACCAAAACGUUAAUAGCUGGGCAAUUAUCGUUACCGUAAAAACGCAAGAUAAAAUAAUAUUAAAACCAAACCAAGUUUUAACGUAUCUUGUAUGGUGACGGGUUAAUUAAAAUACCUAUCAUAGCUCACGUUAGUAGUAACUAAUAUACAUAAUAUAUUGUCCAGAAAAGCAUAUAGAACUAAAAAUACCCCGGACAAUCCAUAUAAAGAUAAGUGCGACCGAGAUAGAUAGUCUUCCCGCUCUCCUCUUACUCCUUACCGUCUUACGUCCAAUUAAGGCUAGAGGGGGUGAGAUUCGAGGCGGGUUACCGUUCUAUAUUCUUAUUUGUUCUAUGACGGGAACAUGAAACACGCGCUUACAAAAUCCAAUAUUAAAAAAUUCGCCUCUGGAACUCUCUCUCUCGUUAACGGGAGUGAGGGAGAAUGAAAUAUAUUGUUCUCUUUUGCACUCGUGGGUGUACAUAGAUAAAAAGAUACAGGUAGUAUGUUUUCUGUCCGUGUUCGUCUUAAUACAAUGUUAGGAAUAAUCUUGCGCGAUUGCGGCUGAUACCCUUGUGUAAAUGAGCCAUAAAGUCACAGUGUAAUAAACCCUUCAUAAUAUUAAUAAAAUGUGGCGUUCUGUGAUCAAAGGCUAUUGGAAAUGAAAAUCAUCUAUUUUCUAUAAAAAAAAUCUAAACUGAAUGAUAUUUUGGUUCUAUGGUGCAAUCAACAUAAGUGCCUAUAGCUCGAUUAGUUUGACAGCUGUCAGAAUUAAUAUAAUGUCUCUGUCAUUAUAGACUGUAUACUACGUAUACUUCUGUCAGAAUAAUGACGCUAUAUUUAACUCGUUGACUUCCUUGUAAAGGGUGGUAUUAAUAAACUAAUCUCAGCUUCGAGACUGCCCUCAAGAUCAUGUCAAUGUGAUAGUUCUCAUAUAAAAACAGAGACUUGAGCAUGAUCUUGAGGGCAGUCUCAGCUGAGAUUCGUUUAUUAAUACCAUCCUAAGUCCCGCAUAUUACUUCAAUUGUUAUACGUCCUGCUAAAAACGUAAAUAAUAAUAAAUGUUUUAGUUUAUUGAAAAAGUAAAGGUGAGUAUUUUUACUAAACCUUCAGUCACUUCAGCCUUCAAACAGGUGGACAGUAGCAUUCAUCAAACAUACUGUAAUACAAACAUUUGCUAAGUUACCCGGGAUAAAGAGGAGCUUCCGCUCUUAGCGUACCUGGUUGUUUCGUAGUGAGGAGGUGUAUGGGUCACGGACGUUUGGAGCUAGUCCGUCAUGACCCGUAUAUGGUUCACUGGACUGUCAACGUCUUAACGGAGUUUAGUUCCGACAUAUCCUUUACAUACUAACGCCCAAAUUCCACUUCGUAUUUAAAAACAUUACCCGACAUUCACAGAACACCACAUAUUAUAUAAACUGCUUGUGUGAUAUAAUUAUAGGUAUUGUAUGUACUGAUGUUUUGUGUAAUUAAUUACUAGUUCAAAGCACGGAAUAGAAGAACGAGGUUGGAAAAGCCCUAACGCGCAUUUUGUAUGAGAAUCGCUCUCUUUAGGCACUUCUCAAAACAGAUAACUACGAUAGCUCUACUGCUUCUCAAAUUCCAUAGCCACUUUACCGGCAAUGUAUAUUUUAUGUGAUAGGCUGCAAUUGUUUUUCCAUUACAUUUGGUAAAAUACUCCAUACAAAAGUAUAUUUUUGAUAAAUAGCCGAUCUUACUAAGAUAGCUUUCCUGCAAUAAGAAGGUAUCUCUUUGCAUGAUAGUGUUUUUUAUCUUGUAGAUUAUAAUGCACAAGACGACCUUUUAAUAUACUAUCGUGGUGCUCCGUGCGUCGUAAAGUUUGCCGACGAGUGGAGUUGAAGUAUGAACUAUUUGCUCAUACUUGUAUGGCACGUAUAACGCGCUCACUUGACCUUUCCAACUUUUUUCUUCUUUCCGUGGUUCAAAGUACCUCUUAAAACAUGUUAAUCAUACAAUAAAGUGCAAUGUUUAUUGGCAAUAAUUUUCACUGUCUAUGUAUAGUAUAUGACAGAAGAGGCAAGAUGACUGGACACCUAAUAAGACACGACGAAUUUAUUAAAAACGUCAUAGAAGGAAUGCUAGAAAGAAAGAGAGGAAUGGGAAGACCAAGAAGAGCUUACAUGGAACAGAUUAAAGAAAAGGUUAACGUCGUGUCUUAUAGGGAAGUCAAGGAAUUGGCCUUUGAUAGACUGGAAUGGAAAAUGCUACACCGACAAGAGCGUGGCUCUUAAAUUGAUGAUGAUGAUGUAUAGUAUGGAUUGUGCGCAGUGAUGUGCUAAUGUCCCCACUUUCGGAAUGUUCCCGACAGUAAAAUGCGCAAAAGUUAUGUAAAAAGAGCUUUAUUAUCUAAUCUAGCCUUUAGGUUUUGCGGAUCAGAAGAACAAUUUAAAAAGAAAAAAGCAGCCAGUGUCCUGAAGAGUUUUUACAACGGGAAUAUUCCCACUUUGGGAACAGCCGAGUUUAUUUGUGUAGAGGCUUUUAAACCCCUAAUCAUAAAUCUCACAUCCAGUGCAUCUUCAGACCCACCCUGUCUGCGAAAACUUGUGGUCAAUAUCAUAAAAAAAAAAUGCAAAAAAUAUCCUAGAAUCCCGGGUCUUUUUGCAAAUAUCCAUUUAAAACUUACGUAAGUUGAUGACAUGCAUAAGUUCUAACUGGAUAUUCGUGAAAAGACUUUUGGAUAUUAUUUUGCGUUGUCGCACUAGAUAAGCGAAAUGUUUCAGUGUGUUUAAGUUUGUCCUACUUUUACGUUGUGACGGAAGAAAGUAUCGGCGUGAAGUUAUAUUUCGGAAAAAUUGUUCCUUUAGGAUAUCGUGACGCGAGUAUUUGAAUUAAUAGAUUUAAUGUGUUUAUCGCGUAACGUUGAUGUAUAUGUAUACCGCGUCUCACGCGAUAUACUAGGGCGUACAGUGCUCUAAACUUUGUCUAUGUUAAAUUAUACCGGGUUAGUCACACCGUAACGAAAACUUUGAGAGAUGAUUCAGACCAUUAUUCUGAGAUGAUAUCAAUCUAAAUUAAACAUUUCCGACAAGAAAACACCAAUGAUAGUUUUUAGUAAGUACGUUCUGUUUUUUUUUCGUUACGGUGUCACUAAAACCCUGUAUUAAUAAGUAAGUUAUUAAAGCAAACACGAAUCUCAGCGUGUUUUAAAAAUCUAAUGAUAAUGAUGCUUUAAAACUUGGCAAAUGUACAUUGUUUUAAGUUUACGCGGUUAUUAUCAUAAUUAAAACACUAUAAUUAUAUAAUAACGGGUUCUUACCGCGUUUAAAUGGGAAUAUAAGACUACCGAUAUUUCGACACUGUUGCAAGUGCCAUGAUCACGGGAUGACUGAUGAGAUUGGAGUGGAGUAGGUAGAACCCGUUAUUAUGUGUUUUAAUUAUGAUAUUAACCGCGUAAACUUAAAUCAAUUUUAUAUAAAGCUACAAAUUAGUAUUAUAUAGAUUGCGCGAACUACAAUAAAACUAACUAAUAAUAAAAAAAAA